CAAGGCGUGGCUGGAGUGCACAAUACACAUACACAGCAAUGCAUACGUGCACGUUUUAUUCCACACAUUUGGGUAUAAAUACUCAUUAGCAUUCUGAGUUUCUCUAUAGCAGUACCUCUCCUCCGUCAUUUGCUGCUAUAUGUGGACUGUAUUUAGUGCAGAUUGCUGAACCGUGAAUAUGAGCUACAAUACGCAUUACAACAUGGGUUCUGGUAGUCGAACUGCAAGGACAUUUGAGUUUGGAAGGACACAUGUAGUGCGCCCCAAAGGAAAACACCAGGCCACUAUAGUUUGGCUUCAUGGACUCAGUGAUAAUGGCUCAAGUGCUUCCCAGCUCUUAGAAUCCCUUCCUCUUCCGAAUAUUAAAUGGAUCUGCCCAACUGCACCCACACGUCCUGUUACAUUGCUUGGUGGUUUUCCUUGCACUGCAUGGUUUGAUGCGGGAGAGCUUUCAGAAGAUGGUUCAGAUGAUUGGGAAGCUUUAGAUGCUUCAGCAGCACAUAUUGCAAACUUGUUGUCAGCAGAGCCAGCUGAUGUUAAGGUUGGUAUUGGAGGCUUCAGUAUGGGUGCUGCAACGGCCCUAUACUCUGCAACUUGCUAUGCUCUCGGGAGAUAUGGAAACGGUAACCCAUAUCCUGUCAACCUAAGGGCAAUUAUUGGACUAAGCGGAUGGCUUCCAGGGGAAGGUACAACUUCGAGCUUAAGAAGCAAAAUACAAAGUUCACAUGAGGCUGCAAGGCGUGCUGCUGCCUUACCAAUUUUACAAUGUCAUGGGACAGGCGAUGAUGCUGUCCUCUAUAAAUACGGGGAAAAAUCAGCCCAAUCCUUAAGUUCAGCAGGAUUUCACCACCUUGCAUUCAAAUCCUAUGAGGGGCUUGGUCAUUACACAGUACCUGCAGAGAUGGACGAAAUCUGCCAUUGGCUGACCCCAAAACUGGCGCUCGAAGGGACUCGCUCGAUGCGGAACUAGUAGUUGGAGCUAGUGAUCAGUAUGAGGAAUAAAAUUUUGAAAGGAGAACAGGUUUUGAGUGCACUGUGUACGAGUACUAGGUAGUACAACAUAGUAUUAUGGAGCAUGGGGUAUAUUGGUAUAGUUAAGAUAAAUAAUAUUUCUCAUUCCUUAGCCUCUUCUCUUGUCCUAAAUGAAAAAGUUUGGAUGUACCUCGCUAUUUUCAUUCUAGUUUAUUUUGCUUUUCAUAUCAA